GUGUAAGACCAGUACAUGACUUCAUCCUUGAUAGACCACUAAAUCUGACGUUGGGGUAAGGAUGACUCUGCACGACUUCGGUGCCGGAGUCUGUUGAUUGGUGAAGGAACUUUGAAAGCGGACAGGGGUCUAGAUGCCGGCCAGAGCAGGGUUACGAGCAGUUCAUCUCGAUUGGGAUGCGACUCAGUUCACUCGACAGCGCCCCAUUGCGUCACAAUGCCGACGCUUAUCAUAUGUAUACACGGUGUAUCAUAUGGUAUUUCGAAAAUAGCAUUCUGGUUCGAGUAAAUAAAACAAAGGUGACCGCCACAAGUACAAACAGUCUCUGCUCACUUCAUGUUAUGACAUUUAUUCUCUGCCAUAUCUAUACACAUCAAACGGAAUAAAUUGCAGGCCCCAAGCUAAAUCAUUAUGUCAUCAAAUGACGAUAAGACGUCUCAGCAACCCAGUGAGGGAGGUGAGGUGAAGCAGGAACAACAAGAGCAGCCCUCCCCGCAAGCUGGACAAGCACAACAUGAAGUGAAGCAAGAAGACGGUCAACAAAACGACGACGUGUCGAAGCAAAACGGCGGGAAAGAGCACGACGACAUUAAGAAAGAAGAGGACGACAGUGCAAAAUCCCGAGCUCACUCUCCGGCGGAGCCUGAGAAGAAGCCACCGCCUCAACCACCUAGGCCGUCGCGUGUGGAAUCGCAAAAGCCAAGUCGGUCGCGGCGACGUCGCCGCAAUAAUCAACCGGCGUGGAUGGAGGACGACAAAGAGAACGAUUACGGGAAACAGAUGGCGCCUCGCCCACCACGCCGGGCUCCGUCUCAAUAUCAGCAGCAGCAACAACAGAUGCAGAUGCAACCGCAGCCAAUGCAACAAGUUCAACAGCAACCUCAAAAGGACAACGGCGGAAAGAAUCCGUUAAAGCUGCGGUUAGAUCUCAACCUCGAGGUGGAGGUGACGCUAAAGGCCCGGAUCCACGGUGACCUAACCUUGUCGCUAUUCGACACUUAGGGAGAUGAGUCAAUAACUAACAGCCUUGCUUGCUGCUAACAGGGAAGGUCUGUGAGCCUGUAUCGUCUAACCGCGAGCCCAUGCAAGGGGGAAGUGGGUGACGAGUGGUUGCGACGGCUGGGCAGCCGGAACAAGCGACUAGUGUGAUAUCUUUCAUCUCGCAUGCAUUUAGAGGCGCGAUUUUACCUUCGGAUUGAAUAUUGGGCAGGAUAUUUUACUCUUCCCAGUCUUCCACGGUUCCAGUAACGUAGAUCAUCUCGAUCCUGGUCGGUGCCGAGGAUUUUGGACUGGCUGAGCAGGAUUAAAGAAAUUUACAUAUCUAUGUACUCAAAUGUAUAUAAUUAUGACGGCGCAUGUGGUGGCUAUAUGCAUAGAAGAGGAUAUAUUUGUAAGUGAUAGGAGGGGUUGGCUAAUAAUAACUACAACAAUGCGACGAGGAUGGGAAAAGUGUUGAUAUCAUUCCCCUAAUAGAGAAGUUUAAUAGCAGAUCUACUGCAGUUCCGACUGUCGAGGUGUGAAGUCAGAAGAAAACAGCUUC